AUGAACAGAAAGAUUGUACUCGACCUCCCGGUCGAGCUCCAGCUGAUAAUCAUCAGUUUCCUCGACGAUCCAUCGGCUCUGGCAUUAUCACAAAGCUGCACAAUAUACAGGGAGAUUAUCAAGGUAGAAUGGCCCAAAAAGGAUGAAAACAAGCUACUUCACCUAGCGGCUAUGCAGACUUGGGAGAAAAAUCGCAAUAACCUAUUCGCCUACAAGGGUUGUCUGAAGCUCCGAGAGAAGAAACGUUUCUGGGAUACUGGAAGUAUUCGUCCUGCUGACGCGGAGCUGCGAGACUGCCUCAACUGUGCUGCAGUGGAAGAAAGGAGAAUCAAGGGCCAGCUAGUCCAGAUGUACCUCUUUGCCCAGAAUGUCGAAAUGUCAGCCGAGACCGGUAUUAUCCGCGCUACUCAGAUUCCAUCGUGA